GAGGGAACUCUUAACCCUUCGCCUCGCCCUCCGUGCGUCAGAGCGUCCCGCGAAGUCUCCCGUACCGGACCAUGGAUCUAACGGUGCUCUUGGUCGUGGGUUUCCUCGCGGUAGCGUCGCACGCGCCUCCGGCAGAAGCCAAGCCCAUCAGUCUGGUGGAGCGAUGCUACUGCCGCUCCACCGUCAGCAGCCUCCCCCGUGGCAUCAUCCGGGAGCUCAAGUUCAUACACACGCCCAACUGCCCCUUCCAAGUGAUUGCCAAACUGAAGACCAACAAGGAGGUGUGCGUUAACCCGGAGAUCCGAUGGCUGCAGCAAUACCUCCGAAAUGCUAUCAGCAAGAUGAAGAAAUCCAAAAAAGCCAACUAGACAGCGUGCAGCGUGAUCCGCCGAGGAUGUGGACCACCACCGUGUACAUGUAACAUGUGUAACAUGUGACCAUACAGCAUGCUAUACAGCACUUAUCUUGCCUACCAUGCUGCAGCCCGUAGCACGCAGCACGCCUACAACUCACCGACAUGGCCGCUAAUCCACAAUCUCCGCCACUAGCGUCGCUUAUCACCACUCUCACUACUUAUAUAGAGACUUCUGUUAUAGCAAUGUGCAAUUAUACCUGUGUAUGUUUUAUAACUUUGAUGUACAUAUGUGUUUGUUGAUGAACUUCAAUAGUAAAGAGCUAUUUUUGGAGCUGUGCUUGUUCCUCUGGCCUCUCUGUUGUUUUGGUGUCAGGACACGGACAGCGAAAGCAGAGUGCGAGGGUUGCAGUCCAGAGCGCAGUGAAACUUAGUUCGACACUUUUAGCUGAGCCGAGACUCUGUGGUAAAUAUGACAUGUAUAAGAUGGCGUCUUUCCUUCCCCUCUUCCCUCUUCAAACUAGCCAAACAAACAAAGGGGCAAACUCGCUUCCUGGAAUUCGACAACAGGCGAAGAAGAGUUUCACUCAAAGUAGCUUGUAGCUGGUAAUCCAGUGGGUGCCAUGUUAAGACCAUAUAAGCUUCUGGACUACUUUAAUCAUGGAAAGUGUUUUCUUAGUUGUUGGGUGGCUGCUGUUGGGUGAAUUUAUGCUACCCGCCGUCUCAAAACGGUGUUAAUGGAGCAGCCAGUGAGAAGGCAAACCCGCCUUAGCUCACCAGGGGCCUCAUGUAUCAGUCGUUACUAUGGGCAAAUUUGUGCGUACACACCCACGGGAUAUUUUAAGCCCUGACGUUUGUCUCAGAGACCAGUGUAGAACCUGGGUAACCCCUGAAUUCAGGUCGGGUAACCCCUGAAUUCAGACACCGACUGGCUAACACUAAUGUCUUCGUAGGCCUGGGUGACUGCAAGAGGUAGACAACAGGUGUUAGGACAGUGUUUCUCAACCCAGUCCUCAAGGACCCCCGAUCCUGCAUAUUUUCUUUGCAACCCUGAAUAGGUACCUGUUUGUAGUUAUUCAACCAAUCAGCAAUGAAUUUUGUCAGACGUUGCACACCUUGCAUAAUUAAGUGCUGCGAGAUGAUUGGUCGAGUAAGUACAAGUGGGGCUACCUAUGCAGGGUUACAAUGAAAAUCUGCAGGAUAGGGGGUCCUUGAGGACUGGGUUGAGAAACACUGUGUUAGGAGGAAGGACUUACAAAUAACCAUCAUGCUUUUCUGCUGACUGUCAGACAACCUCGAGGGCUAAAUAUAUCCGUGGGUGUGUACGCACAAAUUUGCCCAUAGUAAGGAUUGGUACAUGAGGCCCCACGAGAUCAGGAAAAAAAUUGUGCUAGCUAGUCACGUUAGCGGUUUAGCUGGAUCACCCUCUGCCGUUUAACCCCACCGUCACCGUAUGGACUCCGGGGUGGGGGGUGGGGGCGGGGGGCAUGAUCCGCAGAACCACCCAAUAACCACAGUAGUGAGUAUAUAAAGUAACUCCAGCAGAUAUGGAAGUACUACUAACAGUGGUGGUAACAGUAGUUGUAGUAUCAGUAGUGAGUUUAACCACCGUCCGUCAUAGAUAGCACUGCACUUUAUAGCCAGUCUGUCCACCUGCCAGCAGCUAAUUCAGCGAGACGACCCGGAGGCCCACUGCUCAGCAAGUCCAGGUUGUUAAAGUCUUGUCCUUUGCCGCUUCCCAUGCCUUUCGUUCUGUUUUUGGAAACGUUUUGUCACCUUUAAAGCACGAGAGACGUCACCUGUACUGAGUCUCCUUGUCAUGUGUGAAGUUACGAUGAGGCAAAUAUUUUAUUUUUGUAUUCACGUGUCAACCACGAAGUCACAUUAAAUCCGAACGUUCAUACGAAGGAGCUGCGGUCGUCACGCAUGAGCCACGCGUCCCCCUUUAGCAUGUUGGUGUGCAAACGACAACACAUUUCACAUGCUGAGGUCAACACCGCAACACGUUUAACACGUUGGUAGACAAACAACAACACAUUUGGUCAGUAAAACAGUAAUUCUGCUAAAUGUUGUGGGCACUCCCCUAGUUUCACUUUUAAAACAUGUUACACACACACAUACAGCUACAUACACACAACACAGAGCUACUGUAGCACCCAUGCAACACCUAAACACAAACUAAACAGAGACAAGUCAGACCACACAAUCACCAACAACCUCACCUCCACAGACGGCGGUGUUUCCAUCGCUGCUUGCAGGCUGCUGCAUGUGUGAGGGCUGCUGUGCAGUGCCUGUAAGCAGCUGCACAGUACAGUCAGCGGGCUGUGUGCAGGGGUCAGAGGUCACAGCCCGACUUUGAUGUGAGAACAUGUGUUUAGUUUUACUUGCACGGGUAAAUGAAAGACGCGGGCAGCGGUCCUGCUUGUUAUUCCCCCAUUAAGUCAGCCGGGGCCAUUAGGAAAGCAUUACAGUUGAGAGGUGACCUUUGAACUUUCUGGUUGUGCACGUGAGGCGGAGCACAGCGGGUCUCACUGUGUGCAUGACGGGAGAACGGAUCGUCAGUGUAGAUAAAGGGCUGAUCAACUUUUGAAGCCCCGUUUAAAGCUGCUCAAAGCAGAGGCAGCGGCCCCCUCAGUCGAGGAGAAACUUGUGUAUUUUGCCCCCAGUUCUGGCACACAACUAUCACGCCACAGUAGCAACGACACAAAACCCUACAGUGUCCCACCCGAACCCUGUCGCAGGGCUCUGCUGGUGGCGGCCGGUCUUAUGUCACCUCCCCAAAAAAUGUGAAGAUCGCUCUGACAGGUAACUUGUACCACGUGACAAAUAUUCUACAAUACCAUGUAACUUCAUGUAUCGUGUACCCAUGUUUUUUUCACAUUUUAACCCUUUGUAAUCCAACUGACGCUUCUUUUCCUUACAACAUAGUGUAUUCAGUGCAUUAUGAAUAAACGUUUCAAGAAAAAUA